AUGGCGGACGGCGAGGGCGCCACGGCGGCGGCCGUGGGCGAGAGCCGCGCCGUGCGGGCAGGUGACUUCAUCCAGGUCACGUGCUAUGACGACGCCGACGCCGUGCAGGGCGAGGCCGUGUUUCGGAUCGCCAGCCUGUACGAGGCGAGCGAGCACGGCCAGUACGCACGCGCUGAGUUCCUGUUCUGCACUGAUCAGUAUUUGCAGUGGUACGAGGAGAAUGCGGGAUCCCCUGGAGCCAGGAAGUUAAAGCGUGUUCUCCAUUUUUGUCCAGAGGAUGAGACGGCCAUCCUAUGCGCUGCGGAGGCGGGCCCUGGCGUGGAGGUAACGCACGUCGACGAGUUCGUGGUCCUUGAGUCGGUAGAGGAGGCGUACCUCCAGUUCCGGCGACGCAAUCCUGCUGCGCGCUGGCCUGCCGAGCUGGGGCCCGAGCCGCUGGAGGAGGAGCUGGGGGAUCCCGUGGACGAGGAGCUAGUGCCCGCCGAGCUGGACGAGUUCGGGCUCGCCGCCAAGGUCGUCGACUCCGCGGGUGAGCUCGAGGCCGCUCGCGAGGCGGAGGGGCCUGGCGCCGCCGCGGGCCCUCCUGGGCGUGCCGCCUUAAAGGCGCGCGGUCGGCCGCCCGCUCGGGCUCGGCCACCUGCCGCGGCCGCGUCGGAGCCCGCGGGGCUGCCUGGCGGGAGCGUUCGCCCCCGCGGCACCGCCGGCGGGGAGACCCCGCUCGAGGCCGCCGCCGCCGCCGCUGCGAAGGAGCCUGCAGGGCGCCGCCCUGACGAGGAGAUGCAGGCGCUCCUCCGCAAGAGGCUGGGCGACUUGAAGGGUCGUCUGGGCGCCGAGGGCGACGCUGCCGCCGAGCCUCGAGGUGCCGCUACUGAGGGGGCCCCGCUCAAGAGGAAGUCCCUGGAUGAGAUCCUGGCUGAGAGGGCGGCGAAGGCUCCCAGGCGUGGGCCCGCGGACGGGGGCGCAGCUGGCAGCGGAGGCCUGGCGGGCGCUGGGCCCGAGCGUGAGGGCGGCGGGUCUACCGCUCACCUCCUUCGCUCGCUGCUGGGCGCGCUCACCCCUGCCGAGGGCAUCGAGGGCUUCGGCCUCACCGACGGCUUGGAGUUCACGCCUGGGAAGUCGUUGGCUGCCUCACGAGCGUUCUUCAGGAGGACUGCUCGCGACACUCCAGGGAAGCUGCUGACGGCCCAUUUGUCGCACCUCAAUCAGUUUCUCAGCACAAAGGGCAUGCACGACGCCGAGGAAGAGCUCCCUCCGAUAGUUAACAAGUUCCUGCUGAACACCUUCUUGGUCUCGCACCCUGUUUCAGCAAUCGGCGAGGACAUGUUCAGGCAGAUGCGCACUCUGUCCGAGUCCCUGGACCUCUUGAUCCAAGGGAAGCUCCCGGAGGCCAUGGACAUGCUCAUGCAGAGGUUCAAAGCCUGCCAGCUCGCCUGCAAGGAUAAGCAUUGGAGGAGCGCGCGCUGGCUGGAGCUCAUCCCUCCCGAUGCCGACAUGGCUGCCAUCAAUAUCGAGGAGGAGGAGCUUCUGAGGAAGAUCGAGUACGGCGAAUUGAAGCUCGCCGAGCUCGCGGGGAAGCUCAAGCCUCGACCCCUGCAGGCCACCCCAGCGACGGGGCGACUGGUGGGCCAGCUGGAGGUCGGGGUUUUCAGGAGGCGGCUCGCACUGCAGAGGCCCUCCAGGACUUUCAAGGAAUUGAAGCUGCAGAACCCCAAGAAGGACGGCGAGACGCAGGGCAAGUACCGGCAGCGCCUGGCGCUGCUCAUGCGGGGCGACGGCCCCAAGAGGCAGGCGCCGCCAGUGCAGGGCGGUGCUCGCAAGGUCAUCCUGGAGGGCGAGGGCUCGCAGAACCAGGCCGCCAAGCAGAAGACUGUUAUGCUCACGAACUACCAGUAUGCGGGCACGUGCGGGGGGGAGGCGUGGGGCCACCACUCGCACUACUCUGCCGCUCAGGCCAACGCCGUCGAGGUCAUGAGGGAGGCUGUCUCGUAUUUCCUCAGGGGCGACCUUGGCAGGGUUCAGCUGCCCCUCCUUAGUGAGAUCACGACGCGGGCGUCCAGCGCUUACGACAUCGACAGUGGCACGCGUGCGCUGCCCCUGAGGCUGGGAGAACUACGACCUGGCCUACCAGCAGCUGAUGUCGCUGGCCGGCUGGACCCUCGUGCUCAUGUCAGCCCUGAGGUGCUCACCUGGUUGGGCGACCCGUCGGUGGCCCUCCUGCCACGUGCCCAGUGGCCUUCUGAGGUUCCGAAGGCGAGGCUGCUGGUCGACUCGCCUGCGGAGUGGGCGAGGAUCGUUGGCCACUUGUACUCGCUCGGGAUCGUGGAGGCCAUACAGGACGAGCGGAUCUUUCGGGCGGACGGCGUCCCCGUGCUCAACGGCGCCUUCGCAGUUGAGAAAAGGGGCGUGCCCGAGGCUGGUGAGCAGAGGCAGUGCCGCUUCAUCAUGAACAUGGUGCCAGCGAAUAGUUACCUGAAGAUCAUGACCCAGGACCUGUCGACGCUGACGGCCUCGACCUCUUGGGUUACGGUGGUGUUGGAGGGCCAGCGCGUCUUGCUCUGGUCGGGUGACGACCAGCAGGGUGCCUUCUUUGUCUGGAAGAUCCCGCGGGCCUGGCGCAGCUUCACGACGUUGAAGGGCCGCGUCCCCGGCCGCCUCGUGGGCCGCCCAGAUCUGAAGACGGUGCAUGUGUGCUCAGCCGUUAUACCGAUGGGCUGGCUGCUGGCCGUCACGUUAUUCCAACACCUUCAUAGACGCCUGGGCCUGCGCCCCCCCCCCGCUGGAGCGGGCCUGCCUGAGGUUGAUGAGUGGAGGAGGGACAAGCCGCUCCCCAUUGCUCAGGUGGGCGGUUGCAGGUCUUGGCACCAGUUCUUCAUCGACGACUUCGAUGCCCCCAGGAUCGUGAACGACACCGAGGGGGAGGUCGGCGUCGGCUCUGCUUACCAGAAGCGACAGAGGGCUUCCUACCAGCGCAACGGCGUGGCCUGGGCCGAACGCAAGGCCCACCUCGGGGAGACGAAGGUCGAGAGGAUGGGCGUGCUCGUGGAUGGUCUGCGCGGGCGCGUCUCGGCACCUCUCAUGAGGCUCUUCGAGACCAUGCUCUUGGGGGCCCUGCUGGUGACCAAGGACUGGGUCUACUGGAAGACCAUGCUCGUGCUCCUGGGCAAGCUCGUCAGGGCUUUGGAGUUCAGGCGCGUCCUCUUUUGCAUCCUCAACGAGGUCUGGAAGUUCGCGGAUGGCACUCACUCUGGCUGGGUCAACUCGGAGAUGACCGAGGAGAUCCUCAGCGGCGUGGGCCUCCUCCCGCUUGCCUUCACGGACCUUCGCGCGGAGGUCGAUGCGGGGGUUACCUGCUCUGACGCCUCGGAGGAUGGCGGAGGCGCCUGCACGUCACUGAGGCUGUGCCCCGAGGCCCUCUCGAAGCUGACGGCUGCUGCCGCUACAGACCAGGAGGGCAGGCAACACCUCAUGGCGGGCCGUCUGCUGCUGGGCGAGGCGUCGCUUUGGCGAGCGUGGGAGUCGAGGAACCCUGGUUUGCCGCCCCCUGCUGGUGAUAAGAUACCUGCUGUCCUGGUCAUAGGGCUGUUCGACGGCAUCGGGGGCAUGAUCGUCUCGCUCUCAAGGCUCCGCACGAAAAUCAUUGGCUACGUCUCGUCGGAGGUUGACCCCAGCGCGCGCAGGGUCGCCAGGAAGAGGUGGCCCGGCCUCAUCGACUGGGGGAACAUCAAAGACGUUGGGGCUCAACACAUUGACAAGCUGGUCCAGCUCUUCGGCGGGAUCGUCGACGUGGUCUACUGUGGCGCCGGCAGUCCAUGCCAAGACCUGUCGAGGCUGAUGUUCGGCAGGAGGGGGCUCGAGGGCCAGAAGAGCGCUCUCUUUCGCGAGAUACCGCGAAUCCUGGGGCUGCUGAACGCCGCGUUCCCUGGGAAGGUCCGCUCCCUCAUCGAGAACGUCGCCUCCAUGCCAUUCGAGGACAUCGAGCGCAUCUCUAGCGAGCUCCAGGUCACACCCUAUCGGUUCUGCAGCAGUUGCCUGGUCCCCAACAGAAGGCCGCGGUUGUACUGGCUCUCGUGGCGUUUGUUGCCGUGCAAGGGCUAUAGCUACAAGGACAUGGGGCACUUCGUCGAUGUCAUCUCCGACGGCGCGGCGCGCGUGGAGCUGCCCUGGACCUCCCCUGGCUGGAUCUGGAAUGGUGGCCCGCUGCCUGUGCCGACGCUAGUCUGUGCUAGGCCCUCUUUGUUACAGCCUACUCGACCUGCUGGAAUUGCUCGGGCCAGCCCCGAAGCGAAGGCUCGUUGGAAAAAGGACGAUCAUCGUUACCACGUCGGCCUUUACGAGAACGCCUGCCUACUCCAGCAUGAGGCCACCAUGGAGCUCCGCCCCCCGUCGGCAGAAGAGAGAGAGGUCCUCCUGGGGUUCGAUCGAGGAUACACCGAGUGUGCCGUAAAAGACGGGUCUGGCUCGAGCCUCGAGACCACGCGCUGCUUCCUGCUUGGGAAUAGCUUCUCAGUCUAUGCGGUCUCAUGGCUGCUGCAGCACUCCCUGGUCGCGGACGAGUUCCAGCCACAGCUGUGGGAGCCCCAUGCCCUGUGCCGCACGGGCAAGUGCAGGGCCCCGUGGAACGACAGCGCGGUCUACCACCAGGGCGACGACUACCAGUACGAGCCCGAGGCGGAGCAGCUCGUGCGGCACUACCUGUCUAUCGCGGAGAGAGGGGGCACGGACGUGCGCUUGGACGUGCACCUCCCGUUCCGGCACCGCGCGUGGCCGCGCGUGUCGCUCGAGCCCAGCGUCUGGACGUGGAAGGUGAUCUCAAGUUACCGGUGGCGUGCUGGGAUCGGGAAGCACAUCAACGCCCUCGAGAUCCAGGCGGCCGUGAACACCAUCAAGUGGAGGCUGCGGUCGGGCACGGGCCGCCCCGGGCGCAUGCUACACCUGAUCGACAGCCAAGUCGCCGCUUCGGUGCUGACAAAGGGCCGCAGCAGCAGCAGGGUCCUGCGGAUGCACGUCAAGCGCUGGGGGGCCUUGUGCUGGGCGACAGGCUGCUACGUCAUGCUUGGCUACAUCGCGUCGGAGGACAACCCCGCCGACGCGGUCAGCGCGGUCACGCUCAAGAGGUACCGUAUCGCCGUCGCGGAGUUCCUCGCCUUCGCCAUCGAGGGUGGCUUCCCGCUGAACAGCUCGGCCGAGGCAGACAGCGCGCUGGGCGCCUACGUCGAGGACCAGUGGGCGAACGAGGGCACGCUCAGCCAUGGGCGCUAUGCACUCGCCGGUUGCCUCUUCUUCGCCCCCGAGCUCCGCACGGCCCUGCCCUUUGCGUGGUCCCUGGUCAAGACGUGGCAGAAGCUGGCGCUGCAGUGGUCCCUGGUCAAGACGUGGCAGAAGCUGGCGCCCAUCAAUCGCGCCUAUCCGGCCAGCCCCGAGAUGGCGCUCGGGCUUGCAGGCGCUGCAGUCUCGGUUGGCCAGCCUCUGUUGGCUGCCCUGGUCCUCGUCACGUUUGAUGCGAUGCUUCGGACCAAAGAGCUGCGUGAUCUUACAUAUGAUGAUAUCACGUUCGCCGAGGGCGGCGUCAUACUGCGCCUGUCGGAGACGAAGAUGGGCGUCAGGACCGGCAAAGUGCAGUUCGUCGUGGUGCGAACGCCCGCCGCAGUCAACUUGCUGCGGGUUGCUGCGGAGCGCGCCCAGCCGACGGACCAUCUGUGCCCGUGCACGUACGCGCAGCUCCAGCGGCUCCUGAAGUCGCUCCUCGCUGUCGCCUCGAUCCCGCCUGCGCGCUGGUCCUGGUACAGCUUCAGGCGAGGAGGCGCCUGCCAUGACUUUCUUUUGGGCGCCAAUCUCGAGCGCACAAUGCAGCGUGGGAGAUGGAGUGCCGUGACUUCUGCACGCGUGUAUAUCGAGGAGGCUGUCGCCGACCUCGUGGAUGUCUCAAUGAACCAGCUCUCGAAAGAUAUAUUGAGUCAGCUUGGCGUUUCCCUCGUCGGGCAGCGCGUGGCGCCGUUUGCCGCUGCCCUCCUGGCCCUCGUGUUCUGGUGCUCCCUGCCGCCGCUGCCCGAGUAUUCGGCGGCGCUCCAGCGGCUCGUGGGGGCGUGCCCCUGGCUGGACGGCUGGAAGAGGUAG